UGAGCUAAACAUGACCAAAGUCUCUGAAAUGUAGUUUUUUUCUUAUGAAAAUCCUACAUCAUGGGUCAUAACCGACAAAUGAGUGGAUACAUUAAGAUAAUUUGUAGAGGAGAUGAAAGACAUUGUGGAACAGAUUUGAUAAAAGAACAUUUAUGUAAUCAGAAUGAGUUGAAGCUGACUGAUUCAGUAGAUAUGGUUUGUUGGUUUUCUAUUUUCUGUUUUACAUUCCAAUAGAUUUGUUAGACUUUCACCCCUAUUUUAACAUGGUUCCACAAACUUAAGUUGGUUUGUGAAUGAAAUAAUUUAUUAUCUUUUUCUGCCUUUUUCACUAAUAUCUGACAUUUUAAUUUCUUUGGUACAUUUUACGGACAUGAAAGGUAUUGAAUUGGUAGAAUGUUGUAAAAUGAAAUUGAAGAACAAGCUGAUGUAGAGUUUCAGAGGAAAACAUAUUGUCAUCCCCUGUACCUUAGGAACUAUAAGUUGGUGUGCUCUGUAAGUGACUAGCUAAAAGCAUAAACUUAUGGUUGGAGAGGAUAGCUGAGGUGGGAGAUUGAAGGCUUUUAACAGGACUCCUUCAGUUUGUGAAAUCAUUAAUUCAGUUGAUCAGGGAAAUUAUACAUUUGUCUGGGAAAAGUCAGGAAAAAUUCAAGAAAUUUCACAAACCUAUGAUUGCUGCAACCAUGCAUGUUCUAAUCAAACUUAAGAAAUUAAAAUACUAGAAGAACUUCUUUAUUUUUUAUUUCUUCCCGUAAAAGUGCUUGAUGUUUGAACUUAUUGAAGGUGGCUUACAGAACUCUAUUCCUUUCUCUGCCAUCUUUGAAAGGAAAGUAAAUAAAUCAGUCCCUUUAGAACUGCACAUUUGUCAGAUGGUUCCUCUCUAUUUUGGUGUGAAAUCAUGGUAUCAAAAUGCCUUUUCUUCCUAGAAUUGACACUUGAGUGUUCAGUGGCUCUUUUUUUUAAUAGGUAACAGUAAUCAUUUCUGUACUUACCUUGUCAGACUGUAUGGCCCAUAAAUAGCCAACUGUUAGUAAACUACUGAUAGUCUCUCAACAGAUUACUGACCUACCUUUUGAAAGUUUGUAAGUUACCCCUACAUGUGAAAUAAAAGGAGUUUGUUUCAAUAAACUUACAUUUUCUUGUUGCUUUACAGACAGUUGGAAGAGGUGCAUUUGGGGUUGUUUCCAAGGCAAUAUAUAGACAGAGAUUUGUUGUUGCUGUUAAGACAAUCGAAACUGAAGCAGAAAAGAAAGCAUUUAGUGUUGAGGUAAAUGAAACAGUUUCACUAAAAAAAUACUGUGUAUGUAACUUAGUUAAAGUUAAUGUCAGUGAUAUCAUUAUUAGAUAUGGCAAAUUGACAUACAUUGUAUAAUUUCCAUAUAUCAAUUAGUACUAUCUAGUGCUGUUCAUAGGGGCUGCAAUGGGAUAGAGACUGGAAAAUUAGUAAAAUUUUCUUUAGAGAUACCUGUUGUUGUCAAUUGCCAAGUUGAGAUGAAUUUCAUGGUAUUUCUUUUUAACAGGUUCAACAGCUGUCUCGUAUCAGUCAUGAAAAUAUCAUCAAGUUGUAUGGUGUCUGCACCACCCAGAAUCCUGUAAGUUCUACUCUACAGAUUUAUUGAUAGCCCCAAGUGAGGCAGCUUUUAAGAACUGUAAUCAUAAUUCAUUGGUUUACUUUUUGUAGGUAUGUCUUGUCAUGGAGUAUGCUGAAGGAGGCUCACUUUACAACUGUAAGAAUAUCAAUGUGUGCACGGUAUCACUGCUUGAUAAUGUUGUGAUUUAAACAUUUUCCAAAUUGAAUAUAUUCCAAACCAGUUACAUUUUAACACCCUUUCAGUUUUUAUUUAUGAUAAGUUUUGGUAUUAGGGCUUAGUGGAGCCUAAUUUGGUGAGCAAAGUCCAACUACAAGUUGUCCAAUUACAAGCAUGAUGUCUACAUUGUCCUAUUAGUGCUCAAAUUGGGCUGUUUAUAACUAAUCAUGUUUAAGAAUUUUGAUAUAGGUUUGAUCAUUUUCUCAACAAACAGAAAUAGCAGUCAAAAGGGUGUAUAAAAUUUGAAACCUUGAGGAAAAAUUUGAAAUUGAAAACAUGAUAAGACUAAAAGUGAUCAUGAAGGAAUUUCUCAUUUAACAUCAAAUUAUAUUAUUGAGGAGAAAAGAACAAGUAUUAAAGAAAAUUAUUAAUCAUGGGCAUGAGAUAUUGUUUGAUUUAUUAUUACUUUCUAAGGGCUAAAAUUUUGGGGGAUUGAGAAGGGUUAAUUCAUUCUGAAUUUUCUUUCUAUUUGUGAAAUUUCAGUACUUCAUUGGCAACAUCCUUCAUCACGAUGUGCACCAAUUUACACAGCCUCUCAUAUGAUGAGCUGGGCUCUCCAGUGUGCAAGAGGAGUAGAAUAUUUACAUGGAAUCAAACCCAAAGGAAUUAUCCACAGAGACCUCAAGCCUCCAAAGUAUGCAAUUUAAACAGUACACUGUGUUGUUAUUGCUGUAUUACAUGACUUCUGUUUUUAUGGAGCUUCUUAGUUAUGGCUUUUAACAGUGCUAUAGGGAGGCUAUGCCGAGCAAGCAGAUGUUGAGAUUGAUAGAAUUGAUCCUGGAGUAAAAUUUUUGUGCAUCAUGGCCUCAUUUAUUUUCUUGAAAUGUAAUGAUAAAUUAUUGUUUUCAGUUUGUUGCUGACAAAAUGUGGAACUGUUUUAAAGAUUUGUGAUUUUGGAACAGCUUGUGACAUGAAAACAUACAUGACAAACAACAAGGGAAGUGCAGCGUGGAUGGCUCCUGAAGUGUUUGAAGGUAUGUAAGUUAACAGUGUAUUAGAUCUGUGUCAUAAGAUUGUUACUUUGCAUUUUUUAACACUAAUUCUUUGAUAGAUGGAUACUGCCACACCUUUUAAUAUGUUUCUGACAGUUGUAGCUGAAUAGCUGGUUUUUUUCAGUGUGAUUAAUGUGAUAUUAAUUUUAUUCAGGCAACAAUUACACAGAGAAGUGUGAUGUUUUCAGGUAUGUGUUACUGCUAAAGUAGUGUUCAUAUUAAGUUUCUGUUUUAUAAUUACUUUGAAGUCUAUCACAACUUCAUCGCGUUUCCAUCCUGCCUGAAAAUGUGUCAGGUGUCUUGGAACCCAGCUCCAUCCCAUUUCUAAGCAAUGGCCUACUUCAGCUGUUCGAAUAUUCAAUAGAGAAACUUAACACAGUUCACUAAAAAAAAUCCCUCUAACUUUUUAAUUAUUCAUAUAAAGAGUUUAUUUGUAGCUUACAAGUUGAGGUGAAUUUAACAAAGGCAUUUUGUGUUUUUUAGUUUUGGUAUAAUCCUUUGGGAGAUGAUUACUCGCCGUAAGCCUUAUGAGGACAUGUCUGGAUUCAAUGCUUUCAGAAUAAUGUGGGCUGUUCAUAAUGGUGGGUGAAAUUGUGUUUUUCAUAAAAGCUAAAAUGAAUACUAGUGAACAACAGGACCUUGUGCUUUUUUUUUCAAAACAUUGUUGCUUUUAAAGCAUUUAUUGUCUCGCAGUUUGUGUUAUUUAUUAAUGGUCAUUAAACAAAAAUUAGCUCAUUUCAUAUGUUUUCAUCUUGGUCAUUGUAUUAUUCUGUAGGAACAAGGCCUCCUUUAAUAGCAAAUAUUCCAAAACCAAUUGAAGAUCUAAUGACGAGGUAGGGAACAAUUGACAGAGAUUUCCAAGGUACUCUUAGUGCCACAGAAAUUGCAACACAAUCUGUUUUUUAUGUAUUAUAUAUUAAAGAUUUUUAGCAUAUCUUUAAAUAUUAAUAUUGAUAUUAUAAUUAUUGAUAUAAUUGAGUUUUUAUAAUACAUCACAUUGAUAUAUUUUUUAUAGCUAUUAUCAUUACUACAUUACAAUAUCAAUGUUACUUGCAUCCUCUGGAUCCUCUUCUUGGAAGCUGUUCAUUUGGUAGCCAUUUUAUACUUUCUGAACUAUUGAAAAUUGGGUCCAUGUAUUUGUGCUUUUAGAAUUUUUAAACUCAAUGAAAUGUUUGGAAACCUUUAUCUGAAAUAUACCAUUUUGUGGUGAUGUUAAAUACUUUAUUAGUAAGUUGAUACUAUUAGUUUCCAGUCCUCAUUUAUCAGUUAUCGUUAUCAUUGACUCAUUUUUAUUUCUCAAUCUUUACAAUCUGUAGCUGCUGGGAUAAGGUGCCAGCAAAGAGACCAUCAUUUACAAGAAUUGUUCACAUACUUCAACAUUUAGUGCAAGUAAGAACAGAGUUCUUUUGAGAAGAGUUUUUUUUUUGCCAUAGUUGACGUUAUUCCAUUUUGUCAUACAAAAUAAUGUUGGUGGUUUGUUAUGGGUACAGUCUAUGCUUAGGGAUGAUCAAUUACUUUAUGGGAGGGUAUUGCUUCUAACAUUUAUAUAGGCAACAGCAAGUUUUGUAGCUGUCUUCACUGCUUUGGUAUGCCAGUUACCUUCAAGCUAAUCUUCAUAUUCUUGAGGAAUGAUCAAACAUGACUUUGUUUCAAUUGAUGUCUUUGCUAAGAGAUGAAAGGUGGCACAUUGACUUUCUCGAUAUUUGUAGGUUGCAAAAUUGUUCCAAAGUAACUGUUUUUCUGAAUAGUUCUUUCCAGGUGCAGAUACUUGUCUUGUUUUUCCAGUUGGAACUUCAAGUACAAGCACAGAUGAAAGCAGCACAAGCUCAGACCUGUCUCUGUUAAGCCCUGAAAUGGAUCAGAAUGGUGGGGAAAUGUCCACACAGGGUAGCACAUUGAGUGACACUGUCAUUGGAAUGAAGAGUCAGCCAUCUACUGAGAGUGAUGAAGAAGGUUCCUAUGAAAUUGAGGAUGAGGAAAAAGAAAAUGAUGAAACUCCAGUCCCAGGAAAAUUAGAAGGUGAACCUCCUUUGGAGGGUGAAUAUGAAAGUCCUCACCGUGCAGCCUCUCCAACCAUCACUAUCUCAGUUGACAACAAGAGUCCUACAGCUCAGUUUGUGCGACAGCGGUCAGAUUCCGGAGGGACCAGUCACAGGCCGGGAAAAGCUCCAGUGAGCCCUUUACCUGGACCAGUUCCAGGUAUUAAUUUUGAGCCAAUCAAAAUUGUUUCAGCAUCAGCUUCUCCAAGCUCAAACUCUAGCUUGAUGACCUCAUCUCCAUUGCCAUCUGAGGUGAGCCCAGUGAAGGCUUCAAGUGCAAGAAUUUCCUAUCCACCAGUGAGUCCUGCUGUCAGUUCUGGUUACUAUCCAAAUUACACUUCAGACAUCCAACCAAGUGGAGGAAUGCAGCAGGCACCAUUUUAUCCACCUGGUAGCCUUAUGUCUUCAGCUCCAUCAACAGGACAACCACUGAUCUAUUCUGAGGCUUCAGGGUCUGGUUUUCUGGGAGGUGCAACAUCCCCAUACAAAUCUCCCAGUCCUAUUCCCCCAAAUUAUGGUCAGCAAGGGGCUUACCCACCAAACACCAUGUACCCCCCUGCCACUAGCUAUGCCUUAUCUACACCAACCAGUACUAGUCCAUUGCAAAUGCCCACAUCAAGCACUGUGCCAUCAGUACCUAGAAAUACUCCUGUGUCAGGCUUUCAUGCACCACAGCCACCUGAUGGUUUGGACAUGGAAGAACUACGGCUGGCCCUACAGAAUGACCUUGACCCUCCAGAACAUGGCAAUAGAGUGCGCUUUAAUUCCAGCGGCCCUUCUUCACAGGGAUCUCAUGCUGUGGGAUCUGGAUUUUCCAGUCCAUCAAGUUCAGGAACCAGCAGUCCUUACCCAGACAGGAAGACAAGUUGGCCUGUGAGUUCCCCACACACACACAACCAUCCUCAUCCUAUGACAAGAUCUGUGUCUUCUCCAGAAAGGAAGUUCAGUGGAGAAAAGAAGAGCCCUUUGGCACGGAGACGUGAACAAGGUUUGUUCUUUUCAUUCUUUCAGUAAUAGUUUUGACUUUUAUGUACUGUUUUGUAAAUUUAGUUUUUCUUUUGACUCAGAUCAAUCAGGGUUCCCAAGUAUUUUACAGACUUUGGCUACCCAUUUGCAGGUACCUCAAUAAGUAAUAUAUUAGUACUAUAUGUCUACUUCAUUCUACAGUAAGGUGUUUCAUUUUAAUGUAUUUAGUACAUGACUAUUCCCUUCCUGUGGAGUAAGAGUAAACAUUUCCCUUUUUCAAUGUUACUCUAUAAACCAUCAACAAUAUGGUUAUAGUCUAAGUCAUGAAAAAAAAUGCUUUAAAUUUAUUUUGUUACAAUGAAUGGAAUCAUUUUAACACAUAUAGUUUAGAUACUUUAAUAUUUUUACCCUUAUCUCUUACUACAAAGGUGAAGAGUACUUUCUGCAUGUCCUUAUUGGCUGGUUUGGAAGUGAUUAGCAAGUACAAUUCACCUCCAAGCUGUUGGGGAGUCAUUAUUGCUCAUCAAAAAUUUAAUUUUGGACCAUUUUUUGUAUAGAGAUAGAAAAAAACUAUUUUGGGGGGUUUUUGUGAAGUAUGUACUAAAACAAUUACCUGUAUUCACCUCUGUGUGAGUGAAAGUGGAUAUUUACCUGGUUGUUUCAUGAUAAAUAUCCACCACUAUUCACCUCCACUUUGGUGAAUAAUUGUUGAUUAUAGUUGUUGUUGUUGUUGUUUUCCCUGCAGCCUAUUGCACCAAACCCUGCAAUUCCAGAGUCACAGGCAAUUUAUGAGGAGCAUAUCAAGGUGGAUAUCUAUACAUUCGUGUAAAAUGAAAUUUUAAAUUACAGAUUGAGCUCUCUUGAUAGACACUGUAGCUUGAAAUUGGACAGAUGUACUUGCUGCUGCAUAGACCAUUUGCAUUGGAAUCCUUAAUGAUGAUACCAAUACACAUAAUCAUAAGAAGUUAUCUGAGGGGAACAUUUCAUUAGAGGAAUUUCUUAAUUUUUUCGUUUUUGUACUAAACUGGGCAAAGCCAACCAGUAACACUUAACAUGAAAAUUUGAGUAUAAUUACCUGUAAUUGUUUAAGUUCAAAUUGUGCUUAGGAUUCAUUGUAUGUUAUUUAAAGAUGUCUGUUUUUUUUAAUGGACUGAGUUACCAUCAUAAUACCUUUUGCAGCUUGCAAGGGAAUACAUCCAAGUUCAAACAGAAAUGGCAAUGAUUCUGCAAAAGAAGUAAGCUUCAAAUUUAUUUUACUCUGAUCUUGAAUUUUUGUUAAUAGAUGUAAUAACAAAUGUUAGUGGCCACAAAUCUACACCUUAUUGAUGGCUUCUGGACCAGAUGAUACCCUUUUCAUUAUGCUGAAUUGUAAAUUACAUCAUAGUGUUUAAGGAUUGUGACUGUGAAAAUGUUCCUUUCUUUAGAGCAUAUACCCCUUUACAAUUGGGUUUCAUCAUCUUGGUAACCUCAGUUUAGGAAUUAUUAUUUAACUCUGCUUUAUUCUAACUUGUCCCACAGGCUUGAACUUGAAAAAGACUUGGAAGAAUAUGAAACAGAACAGCAAGUUAAUGCUCAAUAUGUAGAGGAGUUUGCAAUGUUGACUAGUGAAAAGGUCAGUUGCCACUUAGUCUGUUUACAUGCAAUCAUUAAAUAGAGACAACAGGGACCAAAAGAAAUUUAUGAAAAACAAAAGACAAACAAGAGAAAAAAAGACAUGAGCAGUUGCCAAGACAUCCUGUGAUUUCACAGACUUAAGUAGUGACGUUGAAUUUAAUGAUUUUAUAUGUUUCUUGGUACUUAUUUAAUAAAGUUCUUCAGCCUUGCAUGAAAGAGAUUUGAUCACCAGUCACAGUGUGAAUGAAUUAUAGUAUCAGUAAUAUGAUGUCUUAUUGUUCUUGUUCAAUUGUGUUUUGUCUGUAGGAAAAUCUCCUUUUGCUUCAUAAAAAUUUGAAGUCACAGCUGGAGGAAAUGAAACGGCAGCCACCUGCACUGAUACCUGGUUGUCCACUAAGUAGCCAGUAUAGAUGACUGACCACAGAGUAAACACACAAACAGUGUACAGUGUAUAUAAUAAUUCAGAUAUUUGCAGUUAUAGAAAAUCAAAAAUUAUUUCUUUCCUGGUGUUAGGAAAUUUGUUUCCUCACAUCAACUUCUGUAUUCCUUCCUUCCUUCCCAUUCUAUUAAGACUCUAAUUUCAGUUUAUGUGACAGCAUGGCAUGAAAUUUAGUAACUAGUAAUUAAAAUUAUGGGAAUGGACAGAAAAUUGUCCUAUAUAAGGUCAUGUGAUAUUUAUAGCAUGGCUGCAGAUGUUAUCUACCUUAGUAUUUUUUCUGUAUCUCAUGUCUAAGGAUUGUUUCCUUUAACAUAAUUGCACAGCCAGUAUUUGUUUUUAAUGAAUUAUUUUAUUUGAAUCUUCAUUUAUUAAUUUCCUUCUUAAUAAUUGAAUUAAUUCUAAAUCAGUGCAUCAGCUUCAAUGUUGCUUUUUGUAGGAGAAAAAAAAGUAACUGAGUUAUAAUUUAUGACUGUGAAUAUAUGAAAAUCAUCAUGUAAACUGUGGUUUAAGAAAUGAAGAUAAAAGCAGUAGUCAAAAUAAGGUCAGAAAAAAUUCAGUCAUGUAUAGGAUUUGACUCCAUGAGCUCUGCCAUACUGGUGCAGUGCUCUACCAGUUUCCACAGCUGCUUAAGUGGUGUUCAUUACUGCAAAGAUUGCUUUUAUUUUCAUAAGCCUUAACUGAUGAACAAAAUAUGUUAUAUUCAGGAAAUUUUGUAAGGUUUUCUUUGUUGCACACAUGCAUUUUUCCAUUCACACAAGCUACUGCUGGUAAGGAACUUACAAUCAAAAGUUAUUUCUACCACCUCAAUUACUAAGUUAUAAUUUAAGAUUUGUUGUUGGUGUUGUAAUUUGGAUGGAAUCAGGAACCAUUUUAGAAUAAAUUGGUACGUAGUGAUUGUCAGUUGUAAAUUGAACAGAAACAUUCACUGCAAUGAGUGUUACCUCUGACAAUAAAAAAGUGGAGUUAUGCACCACAAUUUUUAUUACUGUCCUAGAUGUAUAAUGGAAUACAGCAAAAUUGAUGAUUGUCCUUUUUGUAAUUUAAGUGUUUUAUAUAUUCUAUGGAGGCAACAGACAAAAACAAAUUUUUGAAAACUUAACAUAACAACCAAUUUUACAGGGUAAUUUAGUGUUAACAACUUGGUUGAAAAGUGUAAAUGGACAACCAUAAAGAGUUUAAAGGCUGACGUUUCAAGCAUUAGCCAUUCGUCAGAGCUCUGAUGAAUGGCUAACACUCAAAACAUCAGCCUUACAGAGGCCAAUUUACGUUUUCAACUCAGUUAAUAACACUAAAUUACCCUAUUAUACUCUCCCACUGACGCAACACCACAGUUUCUUUAGAAACUUACUCCCUCUGUAACAACCAGUUUGUUGCCAAGUAGUAAAUAAUUCACUCAAAAGUGACUGGAUGAAGUUAUCAAUAGAAUGAAUAAAAAAAUUUUUGGCAUAAAAGAAUUCUUUCACAAUAAAAAUUUGUUACAAAUUAGUAUAAUGAUUGUUACUGCAUGAUUAUAUUAAUGAGUGACAUGAACACUGUAUUCAUUUUGCAGUUCAGUAAUGUUUGUUUCCUUUGUGGCUUCAAUUUGUAGAGUAAGUUAGGUUUUUGAUACUUAAUAAUUAGAAAAUUGACCUAGCAAUUUUAUGGCAUGCACAAGCUCAGAAAAUGUGUCCACUCAAAAACAAUCCUAAGAUUUGGAAUUGCGUGGUAUUUCUAAACAAAGAUCAAACACUUUCAUUAAGUUUGCAUGAGGUAUUCUGUGGGAAUUUGGUGAAUGUUUUAGACUAGCAGGCAUGGUUUCCAAUAGGAUAGGUCAGAAAUUUUUCCUAAUUAAUUUUGAAAACCUGAUGAUUUUAUGGUGAACAUGAGCCUGUCAGACUGUCAGACAUGGAGAAUUGUAGACACAUCGACAUAUCUAAGAGUGUGAGAGACAAGAAAAUACAGUCUUUAGUUUCUUUGAUAGUGUUCAAAAGUUGAAAAUAAUAUUCAAGAAAUAUUUGAAAUUUAUAUUGGUUGGUC